AUGCGACCGAAAAGCCGAAACGAUUUUGCGAUCGCGAUCAUCUGCGCCCUUCCUCUGGAAGCUGACGCCGUCGAGACCUUGUUCGAUGAACACUACGACCAACUGGGGAAGUAUUAUGGCAAGCGACAAGGCGAUGCGAAUGCGUACAUAAAUGGAAGGAUUGGCAAACAUGAUGUGGUCCUGUGCUAUAUGCCAGGAAUGGGAAAACGAAGUGCAGCGGGUGUUGCCGCCAAUCUGCGAGUCAGCUAUGUGGGCAUCAAGCUUGCUUUAGUUGUUGGCAUCUGCGGGGGCGCCCCUUCUCCGCCAGAGUACCGAGAGAUAUUCCUAGGCGAUGUGAUCAUCAGCGAUUCCGUGGUCGAAUAUGACUUUGGCAGGCAAUAUCCUGGUGGUUUCCUACGAAAGACUGGCGUCAAAGAGACUGGUAGGCCAGGUCUAGAGAUUCAAACUCUCUUGAAUGGCUUUCGUGCCGAGAAUAACCAUAGAAAUCUUCGGAACCAGACGCAACACUAUCUUAAGGCUCUCCAGCAAAGAGGGGCAAAAUGGUGUCGUCCACAAAUCAGUGAUAUCCUUUUCAGGGCUUCCUACGUGCACAAGCAUUGCAGUUCUGCUUCUCCUGCCAGUUGUUCCUGUUUUGAAAGCGACUCGGUGGAAAAGAUCUGUGACAAGGCGUUAGAGAAGGACUGUGACGAGCUUUGUUGUGAUAGUGGCCAACAAAUCCGACAACGAGAGGUUUCGGAAGCCAAUCAAACCUCUGUUUAUAUCGGGACAGUUGCUUCUGCCGACACGGUGAUGAAGUCUGGAGAGCAUCGUGAUGAAAUAGUCAGAAGAGAAAAGGUUAUAGGUUUUGAGAUGGAGGGUGCUGGGGUCUGGGACCAUGUCCCAUGUAUCAUUAUCAAGGGCGUGUGUGACUAUGCCGACAGUCACAAGAACAAGUUAUGGCAGGCAUACGCAGCCGCGGCCGGAGCCUCGGCGGCAAAAGCUCUCUUGGAGUACUGGGUGCCUAGCAGCCGCGAAGUCACCCAUCUUGUUUUCGAAAAUAUUCCUUUCCCGAAGAAUGAAGGUUUUGUUGGUCGUGAUGGACAGCUUAGUCAGCUUGAAGAGCUGCUGUUUUCCCCAGGCCGCCAGCACAAGGUUGCAAUCACUGGCCUUGGCGGUGUUGGUAAAACACAGAUUGCCCUCGAAUUUGCGUAUCGAACCCAGCGGUUGCGACCAGAAUGCUCAAUUUAUUGGAUUCCUGCUGCGAACUUUGAGACACUCCAACGAACGUAUUUCCGCAUUGCCCAGCAGCUACUAUUGGCAGGACUCAAGGAAGAGGGAACAGAUGUCAAGAAGCUUCUCAAGGAUUAUCUCUGCGACAGUAGCGCGGGCGAAUGGUUACUAAUAUUUGACAAUGCGGAUGACAUUGACAUGUGGUUUGGCAAGUCCAAAGGCGACACCGAGCCAUGCCGGUUGAGCGAUUAUGUUCCAUGGAGUAGGACAGGCAGCGUCCUAUUUACCACGCGUUUCAAGAAAAUCGCCUCCAGGCUCGCGAUGCAAAAUGUGAUUAAAGUCCCAGAAAUGGACGAGGCGAGGGCCCUAGAGCUUCUUAGCGAACGCCUGUUGGAGAAGUCUCUGCUACAAGAUAGAGAACAGGCUGUACUGCUUCUAAAGCAGCUCGUUUACCUUCCGUUGGCAAUCGUGCAGGCUGCUUCUUAUAUCAAUGAGAAUUGUCUGAUGAAGAAUUUGAGGAUGAUUGGCGUCCUCAUAAUGCUACAAAUCCAGUAG